AUGACCUUCAUUUUCUUUUUAUAUCAAUGUCCGGUUAUGAAUCCGCAACCUGUUAUUGUUAUUAUCAUUAUUAUUAAUGGACACAUUCGAUGUAAUGCCAAUAUAUCGGGACACCUGUACAUAGAAAAUCUCGUUUUUCAAAUCAAAUUCACUGAUGGUCAUUGCUCACAUAUCUUUUGGUCACCAAUCACCGCCGGCCAACAACAACAGCAACAACAACAACAGCAACAACAACAACAGCAACAACAACAACAGCAACAACAACAACAGCAACAACAACAGCAACAACAACAGCAACAACAACAACAACAGCAACAACAACAACAACAGCAGCAACAACAACAACAACAACAGCAACAACAACAACAGCAACAACAGGAACAGCAGCAGCAACGAGAGCAAGAACAACAAACAUUGCACUUGGUAACAUCUGCUGCUCAUGAUACUGUCAUUGUAUCAACAGCACAAAGGAAGGAUACUGUCGGUGCAUUGAUACCAACGGUACCAUCAUUACCGGUAUCAUCGGUAACAACACUUACAGCUAAUUUGGCAAACGUCAUUGGACCACCAUCAAAACUACCAUCAAUGUUUCCUACACAUUUAUUUUCUGCUACUCCUUUACUUGUUACAUCACCUGGUUCUGUUCCUCCAUCAAUCUUUCCACCAUCCGGAACUACUCCAACAUCACUUUUGACACCUGCAACUGCUAGUGCAUCAUCACAAGUAACUGCAUCUGCAGCACAACAACUUCCAGCAUUACAUAUAUGCACUCUUCAAGCUGCACUACAACAAGUACAACAGAAUUAUUGUUCAUCAUCAGGAUCAGCAACAAUUUCUUCUGGACAUGGUGCUUUUCAACCGUUUCAUAGUUCACGUGAUCCAACAAAUUCCACACAAAGUUAUAGUCCUGAUUCAUCAACAACUGAUGCUACACCAUUAGAUUACUCAAUGCAUGAAACACCAUCAGAUCCAUCACAUAUUUUACGAUAUCAUUUAUUGGAACGACAACCAGAUUUAUCAACAGAAACUGAAACGGAGCAGCAAAUAUCGAAUGAUGCAUUGGCACAAUCAUCAUCUUCUUCAGAUAAAGCUCGAGAAAGUGAUCCGGAUGAUAAACCGCGUUCUCUGCUUGGUUCACUACUUUCCACUAAACGAACCUCACCAUUGGUUCCACAGAGUCGAACUGAUACUCAUUCCGGUCUCAGCAAUGCAUCACCCAAAGAUAAUGAUUUGAAAAACUGUUUGAGUAGUUUGGCAGUAAAUUUGAGUACCGCCUUAACAGUACCAACAUCAAAUGUAUCAUCUAAACCUGGCGCAAUAUGUUCCGGUAUUUUAAAUACUAAAAGUGAUAGCAGUGAUAAUAUGGAAUCACCAACCAGUAACAAUAGUACAACCGAUUCAAUGAGAUCACAACUUAGUCCAGCACCAAAACAUUCCGCAAUUGUCAAAGCUUUACGGUCACGACCAUCUAGCAAGCAACAGUACAUGGAUCGUCGACGACGUAACAAUGAAGCAGCAAAACGAUGUCGCGCAAAUCGUCGAGCGCAAUUCGAAUAUCGUAGCAAACGUGCUCAACAAUUAGAAGCAGAAAAUGAUGAACUUCGACGGGAGAUGAAUCGUUUGAAUCAAGAAUUGGAACAACUUAAAGCAUUACAUGCAGCUAAAAAUGCUACCAUUCUUCAACGAUAA